UUCUUGAUCCAUCUUCUUCCCCUCUUUCGAUCCAUCUUCUUCUUAUCUUUUUUCUUUUUCUUUCUUUCUCUUCUUCCUCUUCUUCCAUCGAACCCAACAAACUGGGUUCGACGAAACUCAGUUGCUGGGUUCUUCCUCUUCCUCCACCAAACCCAGCAAACUGGGUUCCAUGGAUCCCAGAUCUGCUGGGUUCCUCGAACCCAACAAUUGGGUUCCACCGAACCCAGCUCGGCACUGGUACGAGUCUUCUCUUGCUUCGAUACUUUCCACCACCGAGGCACCCAACAUAAUCCAUACUCAUGACACUGUUUUUCAUGGCUUCUCCACCAAGUUGUCUUCCUUGGAGGCGUUGAAGCUCCAAACGCUUCCCCAUGUGGUUGCUGUCAUUCCGGAGCAGGUUAGGAGGUUGCAGACAACGAGAUUGCCUGAGUUUUUGGGUCUCAAGACCACCGACAAUGCUAAGUUACUCAAGGAAUGUGAUUUUGGGUCUGAUCUUGUGAUUGAGCUUUUUGAUACCGGGAUAUGGCUCGAGUGGCAGAGUUUUAAUGACCGGGAUUUGGGUUCGAUUCCUGUGAAAUAAAAAGGGCAGUGCGUGAUGACGAAGGAUUUUGGAUUGAGUUCAUGUAAUAAGAAGCUUAUUGGAGUGAGAUUCUUCUACAAUGGGUAAGAGGCAACGAACGGGAAGAUGAAUGAAACCUCAGAGUACAA